AUGGAUGCGGGCACCCCCGCCACCCCGCAGCAGCCGACUAGCGGCGAGAACGACGCUCAAGUGAUCCUUGGAGCGAAUGGACAAAUUAAACUGUCUGGAGGUGGUGAUGCUGAUCCGCAGGAUCCCGUUCCUCAGAUUGGAGAUGGGCUAACCUUUCCGACGGACGUCCCUAUUACGACCGUUCCCCCUGCACCCACAACUUCCAUCGAGGGCCUGUCGUCGGAGGAUGUCCCAUUGCUCGAAACGCCAUUAGAUUCAGGCCUUCCGACAUCAUUUUUCUUGGCGCCCACGUCUGCGAUCGACAACUUUCCAUCGUUUCUGUCCAUUCCGACGCCCUCAGCAGUGGAUAGCAAUUCGAUUUCCAGUGACCAGGUGUCUAUGGCACCUAGUACCGCUGUAUCUGUUUUCUCCGCUACCUCUCUGGCGACCCUGACAUCUAUCGCCCCCGAGCGAAGCUCCUCGGUACAAAACAGGGCAUCGUCUUCGAUCAGUGCAUUCAGUCCAAGUGCGACGCCGAGGUCUUCGUCAAUGUUACAAUCCUCUUCGAUUGCUAUACUUUCAUCUUCUAGUCAGGCGGCUUCUGUCAGUUCCUCCAUAGCAAGCUCAAAAACAAUCUCCCUAUCAAGCAUCUCCUCGUUCAGCGCUUCCUCGCUGUCAACAAGCCACAGCCCCGCCGUCACGACGACCGUGUAUGCUCCCGCUCUCACACAUACUGCUUCCAAUCUAAACGUCCACAGCCCACCGUUCUACAUCGGCGUAAUUCUUGGAGCUCUCGCCGGUGCGGCCUGCUUCAUCGCCCUGAUUGCAUGGUGUCUUCGUCGUCAUGCGCAAGCUCGGAGGAGACGAGCAGCUGACAUGGUCGUUCCGUGGGCGAGAUCAAGAGAUAUGGAAGAAGGUGGGGGUUACGGCGGUGGCGAACUCGAUGCUGCGAUCGGUGCUAUGAAUCUGGGUAGCCGCGAAGACCUUGCUCAUGUUCAGGCGUGGUCUCCGCGAGGGGAUCGCGACGUCGGCGAACCACGGCGUGUGCUGGGCGACGGAGGCCUCUCUAGGUAUAGCCUCCAGGAUCACCUUAUCCCAACACACGGGCUUUGUUUAGAGGAUUCUUUGAGAAGCCUCUCGCCUGCUGACGAUGUAGAAGCUGCUCCACCUCUACAUCCGAAGAAGACCUUACGCCAGCUGCCCUCCCACCUCGUCGACGAAGAUCUCCUGGCCCGCGCUCGUCGAGAGAAUGUUCGUCAUUUCGGUCGAGACGUCAACCAGGACGACGAGGCUGAUGGCGAAUACAAUCCCUAUCUCGAUCCGAGGGGCCCACACGACAAACCGCGCUAUCUGGGACUGCAUGGCAAUGGGCUAGACGUUCCGUGGAACCAAAAGUCUGCGGAACCCCCGCCGCGGUCGAUGGCGGAACGUCUGCGGAACCUGGGUAAGCCACCUGCGGAGUCACCGUGGAACGACUUUCCGCCGUUGCCCACACCUGGUCGUGACGCGUCGGGAGAAAAAGAGGAGUUUGAGCCCUGGGCGGCGUCGUUCAGGACGAGUCUCGUGAAUGCCUUCAAUGCUGUGGCUGCAAACAUCUCGUCGACCGCGAGUGUCCCGAAACUGAGUGAGACGGAUGUGCUGACAGCUCCUCCACGGCGACAGUCGCGGAAAUCUAUUAGGUCCUCGGUAUCGAACAGCAAGGCCCCUUCAAGCCGACCGUCGUUGUAUUCUGCUCCAUCCAAGGCUUGGACUUUGGAGGAAAAGGAGGACGGAACGGGGGUCGUUCAUAUUCUCGGAAUCCCAGAGCUGGAGAAAUAUGGCUCGACUCAGCGAAGACCCUCCAUGAAACACCCAACUCUCUCGUUUGGCGAUGGGGAGAGCAUCUCAUCCUAUUAUCAGGAAAUCCCAGACAGCAAUUGCCACUCGCAAGCUCAAGUUCCUCUAGUCGCGUCCUCUCGUCCUCGGCCUGUUCUCGUUCGUCCAACGUCUUGGCUAGGAAGGCGCCGUUCUAGCCAGCCGUCGAACUAUGGGUUUCCUUCCCGGAGAAGCAGCGUCUACUCGAAGCCCAGCCUCUCUCGCACCUCGCGCGUACCUUCUGUAAGGCAAGCUCCUCGAUUGACAUUCACCAGGACUAGAAGUCUUGAUACGGACGAAGGAGGUUUGGACUCUAUCGUCAUCCAGCCCGAUACAAUUUCUAGACUAUCGUCGUCCGAUUCGUCUACGGGUGAUGGAGGGACGGAGGAUGGGCGUUCAGGCAUUCACGCCGCCGCCGCCAAGGCCUUGCAGACGAGGAAGCGGAGGGUUGUCAAUGUUUGA